AUGCCUUUUCUGAUACAGCAGUUGUUUUUGACAGCCAACGUUAAUAUGAGCAUGUGAUGUUUUGAAAUAACUAUCAUACGUGCCGAGUGCAAAACUUCAAGUUUAUAUAUAUGAUCUGGCUGUUUGAUCUGUAUGUGCAGGCUAGUCAUUCAUCUUGUGAAAUGGGUGGUGUUGAAGAGAAUUACAAAAAUUAAAGGUUUAGACCUCCAAAGUGUAGUCCAGGUUUCCGGGAAGAAUUUUAAUUUACGAAGUUCAACUUGAUAAAAAUAAUCCUGAAUGGUACUUAAUCAGCAGCGUGCCGCGUACAGAGCACAAUAUCGAUGAUGUUAUUGUGACAUACAAUGAUACAAAAACAAUAACUCAUUAGCUGCUCGUCAACAGGUGAUGGUGGAUUACGUGUUAAUGACUGAAGUAUGCGAAUUAAUUGCACAUUGUGGACUAAAGUGAGGACAUCAGUAUAUACAUAGGCUUUCUAGAAAAUGAUUCUCAUGGUGGCGAUUUUAUAUAUGCAGUUCAAUUCCUGCUCCGGAUCGGAACUGUCUCGACAUCAGAUUUUAGACAAGAUACUGAAUUCAUCAACCUACGAUCCAAUGAUUUCACCAAACUAUGAAGAUGAUUUUCCUACAAAUGUUUCUAUUCAGCUCGUAAUCAAGAACAUUCAUAGCCUCGAUGAAAUUAACAUGGAAUUUUCCGUAGAUGUCAUAUUCAGACAACGAUGGGUGGACAAGCGUUUGGUAUUUAACCAUACAAAAGUAUCUUCUUUGGAGCUGGAUCAAAAGAUGAUCGAGAAAAUUUGGGUGCCUGAUUCUUUCUUUCCAAAGGAAAAGAGUGCUACGAUUCACGAAAUCACCGUUCCCAAUCGCCUUCUUCAUAUUUUCAAAAAUGGAACCGUGUUUUACAGUAUGAGAAUAGAGAUGACCCUUUCCUGUGCGAUGGUUUUACAAAAUUAUCCGUUGGACAAGCAGGUGUGUCCAGUAACAAUUGAAAGCUACAGUUACUCAAAGGAAAACAUAGACUUCUUAUGGGCCGAUAGCACUCCUGUAAAGGUUCCGACUGUGUCUCUUCCUCAGUUCAAAAUGCCGGACACAUUAAAAACGACGGCAUGCCAGACAGAAUAUUAUGAUGUUGGAGAAUUUGCCUGCCUUCUUGUGGAACUAAAGUUUGAACGUAACACUGGCUACUACAUCGCACAAAUCUUCAUUCCAAGCAUACUCAUCGUAGUGUUGUCGUGGGUGUCUUUCUGGGUUGAUAUAGACGCUAUCCCUGCACGUGUAUCACUAGGUGUCCUCACAGUUCUCACCAUGACAACGCAAAGUUCCGGUGUACGAACUGCCUUACCACAGGUGUCCUACAUCAAAGCCAUCGAUGUUUGGAUGGCUGUUUGUCUUACGUUCGUCUUCAUGUCUCUGUUGGAGUUUGCAUAUGUUAAUGUUCUUUCCCGGAGAAAGUCCAGACCAAUUCACAACCCGUCAGAGACCGAAAUGGCUUUGAAGAAAGAUGGAAAUACUACUCCACUAAGAUCGCAGAAACAUAUUGAUUUUAAGAAGAGGGCCCGGCAUGUAGACAAAGUGGCCAGAGUUAUGUUUCCUCUGACAUUCUUUCUGUUCAAUCUUUCAUUUUGGGUAUUCUACUUAAUCAUAAACAAGGACAAUAAGUUUUAAAUAUAUAUGUCAUUCCAACGUUUUAUGCAAGUAUUGAAAGCACUUCACUCUUUUGUUACUAUUCACACAAAAUACUUCAUUUCAUUGUUUCAUUAAUAUUUGCCUAGUUCUGAAAGAAAAGGAAAAAACAAGAUGUCUCGAAGUUAUAUCCUAAGGAUCUUUCUACAGUCAUAAAAAAUACGGAAUGGCCGAUCACAGAGAUUGUGACCCCUGCAAUAGGCCCCAGGGGAGGAUAUCAUAUAACAAUAGGCCCCAGGGGAGGAUAUCAUAUAACAUAUUUGGAAUAGUUUGCAUGGAAAAGUUACAUCUUAUCGGUUGUUAAAAUUACAAAGGUCUGCUUUUAUUAUGUCUAUUUUUAGAUCCUUAUUAAAGGACACAUCGCAUGUUUCUAAACUUAUUAAUUUUUUCAGCAAAAUUAAUUCAUUUCAUGCCUAAAAGUACUUUACAUGUGUUUUAAAUGAAACAGUUUGCGUAGUUUUCGAGUUGAAAGCGAUGAAAAUCAAAUCUUCCGAUAUGCCUAUUUUCUUCGAUAUUUUACGCGCCAUUAUCUGUGACGUCAUAUGCGACCUCGAGCGAGAUUUGAAAACAGUUGUAAACAGAUUAGAUUUAAUUGACCAAAAAAACAACAACAAAAAACAAACAAAAAAAACCAAAAAAAAAAAAAAAACCAAUUUGUGCCGUUUUAGGGUGUAUUUGCUGUCAGUAGAGAGGAUUUGGACAAGACGUGAAUAUUUUUGUCGGCACAACGACUUUGCCAUAAAAACUAGUAGAAUUUGUCCCUGUACUUUUUCGCGACAAGCAUAGGAAUUUCAUGAAAGCAUUUCCCCGGAUUUUCAAACCCUUCAAAUCGGAUCGGUACAUGUAUAGGUUUAGCUUAAUAGGCACACGCAAAACUCAAUAGAAGGGUACAAAAGAAAGGAAAGGAAGAAACAUAAAAAAGAUUACAUCCUAAAAGCAACUUUAAAAAAUCUUUCUCGUAUACUAAGUCUUCUUGUCGGAAUAUAUAUAUAUAUAUAUAUAUAUAUAUAUAUAUAUAUAUAUAUAUAUAUAUCCCCUUUAGAAGAACAUUCUUCAAAAUCUUCAGCCGUCGAUAGGAUAAAACGUUUUUGGGCACAUUUCUAUAUUCAAACUCUGUGCUCAUACAUAAAAGUCAAAGUAAUGAAACUAAUAAAAUCGUUUUCCUACUCAAAUGCAGUACAACCCUGUUGUAUACUUCCAAGGCUCUAUAUGGAUUUGCUCCAACAUAUAUCCAGGAACUAGUUCAAGUCUACCGUUAUUGAGAGACCGCUUAAAUCAGGUUAUUGAGAGACCGCUUAAAUCAGGUUAUUGAGAGACCGCUUAAAUCAAGUUAUUUAGAGACCGCUUAAAUCAGGUUAUUGAGAGACCGCUUAAAUCAAGUUAUUGAGAGACCGCUUAAAUCAAGAUAUUGAGAGACCGCUUAAAUCCGUUGGGAGUGUUUGAUAAGGAUACAAUAUUGAAUAGAUAUAUAUUUUGCCCUCAGACAUCUACUUUAUCCUUCGUCUGCUUCCAAAUCUUAGACUCAAAGAGUUUUAUAACCUCAGCUUGAGAACGGUACUCACCAGUGUACAUACUCAGAGCACAUAGUACGAGUUUGAGUAUGAGUACGGUAAAAGUUUUAAAACCUCCAUACCAGGAGUUGUCAUGACAUAAACAUGUCAAAUAAACAAUACUAAACACGAAAGUGUGUUUUUUCUUAUUUCAUGGUAUAAUUUCCAUGCACUUACUUGCGGAUGCAAAUUUCGCCAUCUAUGUUUUCAUUUCAAAUGAUUUUCUAUAUCAUAGAUGUAUGGGAAUAUUUGUAUUGUUCUUUAAUUCAUUGACAUAUGUUAAACAAGAUUGUAUUUUGAGGUGUGUUUGUGUGUGUGAUAAUGAAAAUUUUGUGUUUUCUGUAACGAAUUAAAAAUUGCAGACGAAUUCCGUUAUAUAUUAGAAUGCAGUGCUUAGAAGAAUGCCUGCAAAGUAGUUACUACAUUUACACAAGACCCAGUGUUAUUAAAAUUCAUGAAAUUAUGUCAACCAGUAAGAUUAAAAACAUUUAAAAAAAAAUUGUAUGUUUAUCUCAAAACUCUACAUGCACGAGUUAGACUGAAACCUAUAUUUUGUAAAUAUUUUUUUCACUACAUGUAUAUUGUGUAUUUGUAUAUACGCUGACCUUAUUCGUACUCAAAUUUAUGUACAUGUUUAUACCAUAUAUAAUGUGGUUUGAGCGAAUAAAUGAACUUGAAUGUGGAUGAUAAUUUAAAGAGCCCAGACUACUCAUGAUCAUUUUGAUUCGAGUGACGUGUACGUGGAUGGCUGUCAGUUAGUUAUGGUUAUUGACAGUGCUACCGUUAGGACUAGGCAGGUACAUGUAAAUACAUGUAUACAUGGUUCUUUUUCAUUGGGAGUGGGUUCCAACCCAUGUAAUGUUUGCCUCCAAUCUAUACAUAACACUUAGCAUUUUAUAGUGGAAGUGCAUUAAAAUAGGCAAAUACUAUAUCUA